AUGAGCCACAUCGACAAGGACUUUGCCAAUGGCAACGAUACCAAAGGCAUGCCAUCCCUCACCCAGGUCAAAACCGAGGGCAGCAUUGUCCUGACGCCCGAGAUGUUUGAGCGCAUGUACCUCGCUCCUCAAACAAAAGUCGAUGGAGGUCUUCGAAAAGUGCUGGGAAACCCUACGCCGAUUGGCCUCGGGGGAUUUCUCAUUGCCUACUGUCCCAUCAUCUUCUCCAUUCUCGGCUUCAGGGACUUCACGGGCAACGGCGCCGCCACUAUUGGCACCUGCUGGUUUAGCGGCGGUCUCCUCGCGAUUCUUGCGUGUAUCAUGGAGUUCAUCCUAGGAAAUACAUUCCCAGCCGUGUUCUUCGGUGUCUUUGGCUCGUACUUUUUGGCAUACGGAGCGACACUCACACCUUCAUUCAAUGCAUUCGGAGCAUAUGCGGAUCCCACAGCAGCGAACCCGAACCUCGCUGCUGCAGAGGCUACAAUGGCACCCGGCUUCCUCAGCGGCCUCGCAUUCUGGAACUUGAUGAUGGCCAUCUUCUCAUUCUACUGCACCGUCUGUGCGCUGCGGAUCAACGUCCUCUUCGUCGCGGCUUUCUUCCUCCUCUCCAUCACAUUCAUCUUGAUUUCCUCGAGCUAUUGGGUGGUGGUGCAGCCCGGAAUGCAAGAGGCUGGCCACAAGCUCAUGAUUGCUGGUGGCUCCUUUGGAUUCGUGGUGAUCCCAAUCGGUUGGUAUCUCCUGCUAGCGCUGAUGCUCACCACCGUCGACUUUCCCUUCRAUCUGCCUGUUGGUGAUUUGAGCUCCGUCGUCCCAAGCGCAACAGAGCUAGCGAAGAGAAGGAAGAGGUCGAGCGAUGUCGAGAAGGCGGAGUAG